AUGGCGGCGGAAGCCAGGUUGGAGAAAGGGCGGGAAGAUCCUCUCCGCGCUCUUCUCUUCCGGCCUGCACGGAAGUCGCGUCAGCACGCUCGGUGCGUGACGCGGACGCGGCCGGAUCGUCAUAACGCAAGGCGCGUAUGUGACGUCACCGCGCAGGAGAGCGCGGACGUCACAGACCUUGCGUUCCAGCGUGGUUCCUGCAGGAAGUGA